AUGAGGGCCAAACUCAGCAACAGGGGAAGGGCCCCCAGGGCCCUCGUGGCCGAAGUUGCUGCUGCUCUAAACCCUCUCGAUGCGGAAGCAGCAGGGGCCCUUUUGACCAAAAGGGUUUUCAUCCAGGCCUUCUUCGCAGGGGACGUGUCUGCUGCUGCUGCAGGCGAGUGGGCAGAAGCUGCUGCUGCUUCGCUGGGCCUCAGCGCGGAGUCGCUGCUGCCGCCUUUGUCUCCUUUUGCUGACGCGCAGCCAGUGCCGCUGGCCUUCCUCGCGAGCAGCAGCAGCAGCAGCAGCAGCAGCAGCAGCAGCAGCAGCAGCAGCAGCGCAGCGCAGCAGGGAGUCGCGCGGCUAGGGGUGCUCUCGUCGCAGCAGCUGGCAGCAGCAAAAGUGCUGGAGCUGGCCCUCGAGGAGGCCCUCCGAAUUCACUUUUGUGGGCCCCUGGAGGCCUGCGCUUCAGUCGAAGUGCGGCUGUUGACAGAAGAGUGGGAGGAGGGGCUGGCUGCGCAGCCGCAGCAGCCAGCAGCAGCAGCAGGUCCUGCUGCUGCUGCUGCUGCUGCUGCUGCUGCUGCUGCUGCUGCGGGGGCCCCCCUCGUGUCUCCCCAGGAGCUGCUGUCGGAUGCUGCUCUCGAGAGACACCGCCAGCUGCUGCUGCUGCGUCUCCAGGGGGCCGACGGAGAAACAGCCGCAGCACCCACAUGCAGCAGCAGCAGCAGCAGCAGCAGCAGCGGCAGCAGCAGCAGCAGCAGCAGCAGCAGCAAGGUGCCGCUGGUUGUCCGCAGCGCAGCAGAAUGGCUGGGGCCGCUGCGAGCAGCAGCAGCAGAAGAGAUUUGGCGUUGGAGAUAUAAAUUUGAUGCUGUUAAAGAGCUGCUGAGCAGCUUGAGGUGUUUGUCUGCUGCUGCUGCUCGCUCCUUUUUUGCUGCUGAGCUGCUGGGGGGCCCCUGGCUGCUCGUGGAGGCCCUUUCUGAGGGGCCCCCCCCGAAGCAAUUUCCUGCAGAGUUUGUCUUUUAUGAGGGGCCCCCAGCAGCAGCAAAAAGUGGCUUUUCAGAGACUCCCAGCAGCAGCAAAGCCCGCACUCGCAGGCCCAAAAGGCUGGGGGGGGCCCCUGCUGCUCACCCGCUGUGGCAGCUGGAGGGCUCUUGGGUGGAGCUGCAGCCAACUUCUGCUGCAGCAGUAGCAGCAGCAGCUGCAGACGCAGCAGCUGCUGCAGUGCUCGAGGCCCGCGAGAAGCAGCAGCAGCUGCAGCAGCAGCAGCAGCAGCAGCUGCAGCGCUGGGGCUUGACUUACAGGUUGCCGCUACUCUACAGAAACAAAGACAGCAGCUAG